CUUCGCGGACGGUUCAGGGGGGCGCUGUGAAUCGGAGAGGUUCCCUCACUCUCCUGAGAGGCCCAUUGGUUCGCGCCGGCGCCUUUUAAGGGCACCGUGGGGCGAACCGAGCGCUCAGAGCUGCUUCGGCCGCGGCCCUGGGAGCUGAAGGAGCCGCGACUCAGCAGGCAUGACUGGAGAGGGAAGUCCCAAUGGUGCUAGAAUGGUGCUGCAGUGGCAGAAGACGGCUCACGAGUGAGGUGUGGAAGAACAACAGGGAAGACAUCCAUCAUUUGCUCCAAAGUGUGCAAGUCAGAUCCUGGGGAGAAUCAUGAUAACCCUGAUCACUGAGCAGCUACAGAAGCAGACUCUGGAUGAGCUGAAAUGCACACGCUUCAGCAUCAGUCUGCCUUUGCCUGAUCAUGCAGACAUCUCCAACUGUGGGAACCCUUUCCAGCUUGUGUCUGAAGGUGCUUCCUGGAGGGGCCUGCCCCGCUGUUCCUGUGCAGAGUUCCAGGACAGCCUCAACCUCAGCUACCACCCCUCAGGCUUGAGCCUGCACCUCAGACCACCAAGCCGGGGAAGUUCCCCACCAGAGCAGCCCCUCUCCCAAGUCCUAAGCCCUGAGCCUCCUGACCCAGAGAAGCUUCCUGUGCCCCCUGCCCCUCCAUCCAAGAGGCACUGCCGCUCACUCUCAGUGCCCGUGGACCUGUCUCGCUGGCAGCCAGUGUGGCGGCCUGCCCCCUCCAAGCUGUGGACUCCCAUCAAGCACCGAGGCAGUGGUGGAGGGGGUGGGCCGCAGGUGCCUCACCAGAGCCCCCCGAAGCGGGUCUCCAGCCUCAGGUUCCUCCAAGCUCCCAGUGCCUCUUCUCAAUGUGCCCCAGCCCACAGACCCUGCAGUCCCCCUUUCUUCAGCCUGGCCCUGGCCCAAGAUUCCUCUCGACCCUGUGCUGCCUCCCCCCAAAGUGGCUCCUGGGAGAGUGAUGCUGAAUCCCUGUCACCUUGCCCACCCCAGCGCCGCUUUUCCUUGUCACCCAGCCUGGGCCCACAGGCAAGCCGCUUCUUGCCCUCUGCCCGGAGCUCCCCUGCGUCCUCCCCAGAGCUGCCCUGGCGACCUAGAGGCCUCCGAAACCUUCCCAGAAGCCGCUCACAGCCUUGUGAUCUGGAUGCCCGAAAAGCUGGAGUCAAGCGGCGCCAUGAGGAGGACCCCCGGCGGCUGCGGCCUUCCUUGGACUUUGACAAGAUGAAUCAGAAACCAUACUCAGGAGGUGUCUGUCUCCAAGAAACAGCCCGGGAAGGCAGCAGCAUCUCUCCACCGUGGUUCAUGGCCUGUAGCCCUCCGCCCCUCUCUGCUUCCUGCAGCCCCAUUGGGGGUUCCUCCCAGGUGCUGAGUGAGAGCGAAGAAGAGGAGGAAGGGUCCGUGCGGUGGGGGCGGCAAGCGCUGAGCAAGAGGACACUGUGCCAGCAGGACUUUGGGGACCUGGACUUGAACCUGAUUGAGGAGAACUAAAACUGAGAGGCUACUUCCUGGGGCCACACAGACUGACUCUCUUAUGGCUACUAACAAGUGUCGAGGCCCCAAGUCUGGGGACCCAGCCUGGGAAUGGGGGUGAGUUGAGGGCUCCGACUCAGGGCAGCCGGAAAUCUUCUCGCUCCAGGAAGCUCGACCAUGCCGAGAGACUGUCCAGGACAAGAUAAACAGAGCUGGUGGCGGGAGGGACAGCCCCAGAGCAGACCCUUCCCAUGGCGGCCCUGAGUGUGAGUAUCCCUGCCACCAAGAAAGCAGUGGGCAGGGAAGGAAGGGGUCUGCUGACCCCAGCUCGGGGAAUUUCACUAGCCCCUUUGCUUCAAAGGGCACUUGUGUCUUAGAAUUUGGCCAGGGUGGGGGGUUUCACUCAGCCUCCUAGGAGAAAUUGUGUGAGAGAGUGUGUGUGUGUGCAUGGGAGUAUACUUGAGGAAAGGUGUGUUUGCGUAGCCUUAGGGAAGGAAGGCAGUUGCUCCUUAACAAUAGAGCAUCAUGAUACCCCCAGGAUCUUGAGUUUUCACAGGACAGUGAGUUUGUUCUAGGAGUCAGAAGGAGGGCAUCAAGUUUUUCUUUUUUCUAAGUAGUUCUAGAACCAGGCUUA